GUGAACCUGCCGUGGCAGCGAUGGGACGAGCACGGAGAAAUGACAGCUUGUGCAGGAAUUUAGACUGAACCGCAUCCCAUCACAGAGAGGACUGCAACUGUCGGCUCGGUCGAACUAUGUGACAGCUGACAUUUCUCCCCUUUGAUAUGCGUUAUGUUUUUAUUUAUUUUUUCAUUUUGAGAAUGGAUCCGGUGAAAUGGGUGCUAAAGUUGACCCGGCAGUGUCCUUUGGAUGUUGCGGUGCUCCGUCUCAAACGAGAAAACUAGAUUUCGGUGCUUGUGGAAAUGCUGAGCUACCUCUCUCUGUGGGACGGUGAAAUCGUUUGCAGCAAUAGGAGGGGGAGAAAUAACGGGAGCGGGCGUGAAGGAGAUAAAGGAACUAGGCUACCUCUCCCUGACCGAAGAACUGUGCGAGCCACCGUUCACUCUGAAUUUCUCCACGCUUUCGCCCUGCUGAAGACACUGGAGACUUUCCAGUGAACUGUUUUAUAGGUAGACUUCUUUUUGCAUGUUGUUUUUGUCGGUUAAAAAUAGACCACAGUUCAUGCAGUUGCAGCGCACGAACACUUAAUCCGCACAUGUUGUAUUGACGUAAAAAAAAAGUCCAGUAACGUUCUUAAAUCGUUAAAUUACACUUUUUUUUUUAAAUUUUGAUGAAUUGAGGCUGUUGCGGAUUAAAUGGACACUGGGCAGCUCUGCUCAACGUGAGCUGCCAUUUGUCGUUUAUAACUGUCCGGCUUAACAUUUUUCUCGUAUGAUUUGUUACCAGCUGGACACCGAGCUUUAACCAUUAGAUGACAGCCCAGGGAUUACCCUACAAUGAAACAGAGAAUCGCACAAAAGACAAUACGACGCCAGCAUGUAACAUUAGUAGUUUUUUGUUAAUUAUUUAGCUCGUAAUUAACCCGGACCUUUUACGCGCACCUUUCCAAAGGAUGCAUGUUGCCAGAAGGUCAAGUCUUUUUGCGAUAGAACUCAUUUAGGAGGCAAAGACUUGAAUCUGUACGGCAUGAAAACAACAAUGCACGGAUAAGGAAAGUUAUUGCACCUGCGCGUGUUUGGUGAAGUUUCGCUUACGCACCGGAAAGCAUGCGCUCUACAAAUAUGAAGACUUUCUAAGACCGUCUCCUUCGUCUUCUUCUUCUUGUCAGAAAGUGGUUUUGAAAGAUGCAUGAUUUUUUAAAAAAACGAGACAGUCUGCUUUAAAUACAUAUUUUUGAUUCUGGUAAGCUGUUUUUUGGGGUGUGGGAAACAUGAUGAGGAUCCAACUGUGGUGAUUUUCUUGCUGUUUCCAUGCGUCUUUCUUCUCCUCCAGACCUCUGGACCUUGUUGUGGAUUGUGUUGCUGUUUAAUGCAAUGGGCUGUAUCCAGAGUAUCAGGUGUAAGCCCAAGAGUUUCCGAGACAGUAUCAUCGUCCUGGAGGUGAACACUUGCAUCGAUUCCAACCCCACCAGCAUCGACGAGUCAAACAGCGUGGUCCUGCGCUACCGGACACCGCACUUCCGAGCUUACGCCCAGGUCCUGGUGCCGCCGGUAGCCGGCCAAGAGACAUGGACCAUCGGCUGGAUUCAAGCGUGUAAUCACAUGGAGUUCUACAAUACGUAUGGAAACAAAGGGAUGUCGAGUUGGGAGCUCCCCAACCUGCGUGACGGCAAGAUCCAGGCCAUCAGUGACUCGGAUGGCGUCAACUACCCAUGGUAUGGCAACACCACGGAGACCUGCACUGUUGUGGGCCCCACCAAGAAGGACAGCAAGUUCACCGUUAGUAUGAAUGACAAUUUCUACCCCAGCGUGACCUGGGGUGUGCCGGUCAGUGACAGCAACGUGCCUCAGCUUAGCAGCAUCCACCGCGAUCAGAGCUUUACGACCUGGCUGGUGGCCAUCAACCAGGCCACCUCAGAGACACUUGUCCUGCAGACAAUCCGCUGGAGGAUGCGGCUUCACAUCAAAGUGGACCCAGAAAAGCCUCUGGGUCAGAGGGCUGUCCUGAACGAGCCUGUGGCCCAGGAGCAACCUCAGAUCCUGGGCAAGAAUGAGCCCAUCCCCCCUAAUGCCUUGGUCAAGCCCAACGCCAAUGACGCCCAGGUGCUGAUGUGGCGGCCAAAGAAUGGUGACCCCGUGGUGGUCAUUCCACCCAAAUACUGACCUGUUUCAUUGACCAGGCUGGCCUUGGAUACUUAGUAUCAUCUCUUUAUUUUUUCUCUUUCUUUCGUUCCUGCUCUUCACCAGCUCUCACUGCUUUAACCCUUCUUUGACAUUAAUUUUCUUCUGUCUUUGCCUCUUUACUCUUCUCUCUUAUGUUUUAAAACAACUUAGAGAGAAAAACAGGCAGAGACAAAUGAAACCAGCUCUGAGAAAAAGACCAGCUGUUGCUAUGAGGGUGGGGGCUAGUUGAACAUAACUUUUAAAACUGGAGUGAACAAACUGCAACCAUUCUACCUUCAAACUGGGUCGGGUCUCACUGUGCUAAAUGAAGUCAUUGCAAAAAUGAAAAACAAGGGUAUAUCUUUGUUUUUUUAUUUUAAAUUUUAUAUUUUGGCUGUUUGGGCCGAGUGAUACGAGGUUUUUGAGUGUGGGUGGAGUCGCGUAUUUACAUGACCAUGUCUGCGCACGUGCUACAUACAUGGAUAUGCACAAAUGUUGUGUACAAAUACCAGUUGUGUUUUUAUUUAUGGGUUAGGAGAGAGUGCAUUUAAUUUUCUUUGUUGUUGUUGUCAUGUGCUUCACAUGGCAAGCUGCAUUGUGUGACAUACUAGAUUUUAGUACUUUUUUUAAAAACAUGCAAGACAUUCAAUCCAUGCUGCCUUAAGUUUACAUCGCUUUCCACUGCAAACUUGUUAGCCUUAAACAAAGUGCAAUGCAGUAUUUUGUUCAUUCGUCCCGUCUCUUCCAGACUGUUGGUGCUGGCGUGUGUGGGUUUAGGACAAAAGCGACACCACAGAAGACCCGGGUCUGAAAUUUAGGCUUUUAUGUUCAGUUGCAUUUAUCUGACAAAUGUAUUGUCUAACAAAUACAGCCAGCACUAUGUGCAGACGCAGUUAUACAACCAGGAUAACUAGUAGUGUUUCAAGUGCUUUAUGCAACAGAAGACAUGCUCCGUGCAGAUGGACAUACAGAGAACAUCAGUAAAGCCAUCCCUUAUCAGUAACACUCAGCACAUUAAACUAAACGUGCAAUAACAACUUGAGCAAAGGGCGCUCAAAGCACUCCUCAGUUAACCUCAUUUCAUUCACUUUAUUCUAUUUAGUGGCAGCCGUAACAUUCAACAUCUGAAAACAAGUUUUCCUCUUUCUGUAUCACUCUAUCUCAAGGUCCCUUCUCACUUCCUUCCCUUCUCUUUUUUUUAUCCACCCUGUCUUGCCGGCUCUUUCUUCCCACACUGAGUGUUUGCAUUGCUCACAUUGAACAAUCGAUACUUUAAAUUAAUAAGCAGGGGAAAUAACUUUUAGUAACUGGAUGAUUAAAAAAAACAGCAGAAUAUCUGCUGUACCAGUCCUCCUUUUUGUCAUUCACUCGUCUGACAAUCAUACACAUUGUAUUUGUUAUUGUUACCUUCCUUUAAAUCAAUAACAUCCCCUUUCUUUCUAUAAUCUUAAAGUCAAAACAUGUCUGUCUCAUGUUAACAUUGUUUACUAAUUUUUUUGUCCCGUAUCCUCAGUCAUCUGCAACGUUCAUCGACACCAAUAUUUCUCAGCCUGCUCCUCCUUUCCUCUCCCCUGCCUUCCCCUCUUCUUUCUUUCGCUUUGUAUCUGUUGUCGAGGCUGAAAAGCCGAGCAGGAGGCAUGCGAGUUUGAUCCCGACUGCUCGGUUGGCAUAUAGAUGACCCACUUCUCUGCUUUGCCAGUUGUAGCUCUUGCUGCAGAAAUGUGGGGCUUGUCUCUCUUUAUUUCACCGCCAGCAAAUGUAAGACACACACAUAAACAAACAGUUCUGGUCAGCUAAAUACCAACAUUAAAUGAAAUAAUGCCCAUUUAAAUGUUAAUCUUUGAGCAUGGCUUCAGCCAUUUUUUCUUCUUCAUCUUGCAGAACAAACUCUGCAAGUUUGUUCUGUUAAUGGCCAGUUUUUUUUUUUUACUUUCAGAAGCUAUAAACAUUUUUGCAAGUUCACUGUGCUCACCAAGUGUUUUGGCUUCAACAGAAAAAAAAUCUGUAUGCAAGUCUAAUCUCCUCAUGUAUUUCUCAAAGAUUUGUAAGCUGCUGCUGUUUCAGUGUAUUAGCAUCUCCUUACCACAGAGUGAACAACGCCUUCUGACUUGGUUCAGACCACGUCUUUGGGUGAGUUUUUUUUUUUUUAGAAUAUUCUGUCCAUUUUACUUUUACAAAACAGAAUUAUUAUGUGACUUAAGCCACUUUGAUUUGGCUGCUAUUUUUUGUUUAACCAAGACCUUAAAGGAACAGUUCAGUAUUUUGGGAAAUAUGCUUAUUUGCUUUCUUUAGAUGAGAAGAUUGAUAACAUUUCACAUCUGUCCAAAGCUAAGAAAAUGUUAAUGUCCAAAAUGUUGAAAUAUUUAUUUAACCAGGCUUUGGAAAGUUAGCUAGCUACAACCACUGCAGUGCACCAUUUCAACUAAUGUCAAAUGAUAUCCAGCUGAACCAGAGCUCAAAGAUCAAAUCCAUUCAUGCCAUUAGGUAAAUAUCUUUGUUGAUGUUGUGAUUAGAUUCUAAGCCCAUAUAUGGCUACAUCAGACACUGCUGCUACGCUCGGUGUAACCGCGAUAGCCUCUGCUCUGGGCUGAAUCACAGGGCAGCGUGAUGACAGGACAAGGAGAAGAGAAGUAAGAGGCUAGUUGGGGACUGCUGUCAUAAUUAGAUCUGCAGUGACACACUUGUGCGCCCUAGAUGGACUGAACUGUGCCGAGUUGUGUGGUGUGUAACGCGAGGGCUAGCUAGGGUCAGGGGUGAGGUUUAAGUGAGGUCAAACAGCAAAGGUCAGGGGCAUCGUGUCCAUGUGAGAGGAGCCGUUACAGUCCUGAACUGAACUGUAGAUAGUCGAGAGGCUGUGGGGGAAUCAGUGUGAAGGUGACAACAAACUGAAUAUUUAGAAAACGGUGACUCAUGUUAUGAAUUCAGCCACCUUUCACCUUACGGAGUGUGGGGUCAUUUUUGUAUCGUGGACUGCCUCGUGAUGACUUGCAGCGACCUUUGGACACCGUGGAUAGUAUUCAAGCCUGACUACAUCUAAUGUUAUUAAACCACGACACACAGUGGCCUGCAUUCUCAAUGUGUGUGUGUGUGUUUUCAUGUGAGUGUGUGUGUUAAAUCCCAUUGGAGGGAUUUAGGGAGGAUGAGGAGUUUCACUGAUGUACUACUGCUGUUGUUGAGUCAUGAUUCUCUCUCUCACACACACAGACACACAGCAUAGGAAAGGUUAUGUCCUUGUCAUAAAAGGGACAGAGCUUGCCCUCACAAAAAAACACACACACACACACACACACACAUACAUACACAAACACCCUGAGGGGAAAGAAGCAGGCCUGGUGUGGUAUCUGAUUGUCACAGCAGUGUCACAUUGGCAGUGCGAACUCAUUUAUCAGUCCUGCACAUGGACUGUCUAAACACAUGCACAUGCUACAAAGCCAUAUGCACAGACACAUCUGUCCGCUAAUAAACAGGAAGUGAUAUAUGUAUCUCUUCUGGUGAUAAACUAGAGUGACGACAUUUUUAUGUGAAAAAGAAAUGGAAGUACUGUGGUCAGUGUGUGGGUGCCUGACAUCUAUCAACAGCGUCUGAUGCUCGGAAAAGGGCACUAAUUUUCUUGUGUGUGUGUUUGUGUGCUUGAAUUUGUUAAUAGGUGUGUAUUUUAUACUCACACCACAGAAAGACGUCAUAGAUGCUUUAUGUGCUUCCUUAAUUAAGCCACAGAAAAACAAAACCGCACAUUGUUUGCUGUACGGAGGACAAAAAGUGCCAAAAUUGGACAAAGCCAAAACUAUGCAGUAUAAUAUUGUGAGUAACUCGUGAAUUCAGAAACCUCUUGGCACUUAAUAAUAGGUGUAUUUUCAUCUGUUUCUGAUCAUUAAUUGUAUUUAGCAUAUUUGUAUUUCCAGAGAAAAAUCCCAAAUGCAAAGUGUAGCCAUGUGGGACAUUAUUUGUUGUAGAGUUUUCUGCUUGUACGGCUGUGCCAAGCGAUCAGUCAAAAGCCUCCUCUCCUAAACCCACCCUUACAGUUCUUCUGAGGGCUGCUACCCUUGCUUCAGCUCUUUAUGUAGUUAUUUAACCCCCGUGAGACAAUCCUUAAUUUAAACCAAUAAAACAUCCCAAGUUCACACUCAGGACCACCUGCCUUCAUUUCCUUGGCUUUUACUACUGGUUCUAUCCCAUGAAAAAGGCAAAAUGAUGUUCCGCAACUUAGUUCAUCUUCCUGUUCUCCUCAAUUCAGAAAUGAAAUAACAUAAUUCUGUGUUUGAAGUACAACCCCAAAUGUAGUACAUAAGAUACUAUGAGCAACUGUGUAUGUUUCUCAUUUUGUUUGGUUUGUUUUCUGGAAAUACAGCACUGGAGUAGCUAUAGCAGUAUGUGUUCUUUUGUUCAGCUUUUACACCAAUACUUGAAAAUGGGUCAGUUCUGGCAAAUAUUUAAAACUGUGAAAAUGCACAACACUGGGGAAACAACCCCAUGAAAAAAAAAUAUAUAUAUAAACAAAGGUCUUUUUCAUGAAUGAAUAAAAUGUACAAAUGUUACUGGUUGUCUUUCCUU